GCUGUUCACAACUUCACGUACACUCAAAGACUCUCUCUCUCUCUCUCUGGACUGUUAGUGGCAUGGGACCGCUUCCCAGCAUCAACAAAACUAAACAAGAAAACGCAGCUUUACAAUGAGUUUAGCUUUCUGAGCAGGGCACAACCAUGGAGUACGAAAGGAUCCAACAGCCUCAGGGUGGGGGAUUGUCGCCUGGGAAGUUGAGGACCAUGCUACUUGGAGCGAAAAGGAAAUCAAUCCAAGAGGAAGGGCUUCGCUCUAAUUUCACCUCCAGAUCUCAUUCGUCUUCUUCUUCUUCUCCUCAGAUUCAUGACGCUGGUGAUAGCGGUUCUGAUAAUUGCAAAGUUGUAGAUGUUGUGACUGUUCUUCCUGAGUGCUCCACUUCAACUGCAGUCUACUCAUUAGGCUCGGACAUAGUAACUGACCGCAGAUUGAACACAUUAAUCAAUUCAAGGCAUAAAACUCAAGAAGAUUCUACAUUGGAUUGUGAUGGUGGGCACGACGGCAUGACUGUGUCCUCAGCCCUCUUUGAGUUUCAGAAGGCUGAGCGGGCCCACCAGAGAGUGCCUCUUGGGCCAUUCUCAAAACCUGCACCAUCCAAAUGGGAUGAUGCCCAAAAGUGGAUUGCAAGCCCUACUUCAAACCGGCCAAAGAUGGGGCAGGCUCAAGUGCAUGGUGGGCAAGGAGUUGGAUCACGAAAGGCGGCUAAUGUUGGUUAUCAGCUGUCUGCUAAGGUUGUUGUUGAAGUUCCAGAACAAAGAGUUGCUUCUUUCGAAGAACCAGAUACGAAGCGGAUUGAUACAAAUCAAGCUAAGAUGGAAUGUGCGGGGAUGAAGUUUGUCAGUUGGGAAGUAGACGACCCCUAUCCAAUUGCAGAUUCAUAUGGCAAGCCUGUCCUCAUGAUUGAGAACUCUGUUGGAGAGUCAGUGAUUAAUCUCAGCCAACAUGAUUCAUCUGUAGCCAUCCAGAGUGCAACUACAUUUAUACCGCCUCCCUCAACAGCUCGGUCUGUAUCAAUGAGAGAUAUGGGCACUGAAAUGACUCCUAUUGCUAGCCAAGAACCUUCCAGGACUGGAACUCCUGUGAGGGCAACAACACCAAUGCGCAGCCCAAUUUCUUCUAGGCCAACUACUCCAGGCAGAGCUGCCUCUGCUUCAUCACCAUCUGAUCCACAUAAUGAUCAUCUGGAACUUAACAAGAAUGAGUUAUCUGAAAAGGAGCUACAGAUGAAAACUAGGAGAGAGAUUAUGGUUCUUGGGACACAGCUGGGGAAAAUGAAUAUUGCUGCUUGGGCUAGCAAAGAGGAGGAUAAGGAUGCGUCCACUUCACUGAAAGCUUUAGCUUCAGAGAAGGCAGCUAAGAGUGUCACUGAGACACGUGCAGCAGCUUGGGAGGAGGCGGAGAAAGCCAAAUAUUUGGCCAGGUUCAAACGUGAAGAGAUGAAAAUUCAGGCAUGGGAGAAUCAUCAAAAAGCCAAAACAGAAGCUGAGAUGAGGAAAGUUGAGGUAGAGGUUGAAAGAAUGAGGGGGCAAGCACAUGAUAAGCUUAUGAAUAAAUUAGCAGCUGCAAGGCACAAGGCUGAAGAAAAGCGAGCAGCAGCCGAAACCAAGAGAAACCGGCAAGCUUCAAAAACUGAGCAACAAACAGAGUAUAUACGCCGAACUGGUCGCAUCCCUUACUCGUUUUCAUGUUGUGGUUGGUGCUCCUAAAAUUUGAAAUACUUUAAGCUAUGGAGGUCUUCUGUUGCUUGCCUAUGUAUUUGGUUGCCUAUGUAUUUGGUGCAAUUUUUUAAUUUGUUCAUGUCUCUUGUUUUGUGUAAAAAAGCCUGUGCUUCCUAUACAACAGCUUUUUUUUAAUAUCAUGCAAUCCUGGUGUAAAAACGACGUGGUUUUGCUAAGCUUGUGAAGAAAUUUAUGCAAGGACUUUUCCAUCAA